AUGUCAGAUGAUGAAGGAACUCUCAGUCAAGCGGAGGCUAGGAAGAAUAUGUCAAAAAUGCCCCUGAGCCAAGUUCGCGCUAUGAAAGAGAAACUUGGUAUCAAGCUAUUCAAUAAAGCCUAUUUUGGAGAAGAGAGUGGAAUACAGAAAGCUGGAAAGUCUAAAAAAUUUUCUGAAGAAGAUGGAAGUUCUGAAAGAGAUGUUGCAGAGAAGAGAGGUCAACAUCGGCCCAAAGAAGUAUCAUCCAGAAAGAGGGUUUCCGCUUUCAGAAAUAUUUACCCGGAUACUAAAACGAAACAAAAGUGGGAUCCAAGGUUCGAUGAAAGAGCUGGAACAUUCAAGGAAGUCUGCUUCGAAGAUAACUAUAGGUUCUUGGAUGAUGUUAGGAAGGAAGAGAAGGAGGAUCUUCGGAAAACUAUCCGAGAGAAUGUGGAAGCUGGAAGAGAUAUCAGAGAGUAUGCAGAUAAGUUGAACCGAUUAGAAACUCAAGAGAGGGCUCAAAAACAGAAGCGUCUCAAGAAUGAUACUAUUAAGGAAUUGCGACAAGAGAAUAUUGAUAGAAUGAUGCAAGGACAGAAGCCGAUCUUCAAGACUAAAGCCGAUGUGAGGAAGAAGAUUAUGGAGAAGAAAUAUGACCAACUCAAACAAGAGAAUAGACUGUCGAAAUACUUGGACAAGAAGGAAAAGAAACAGUCUGAGAAACUAAUGAAACAGAAACCAGAAGCUUUUGAAAGUAAGUAUGGUUAUCACUAA